AUGGUGCCCCCUCAGCCCCGAACUGUCAAGACAGACCCCCCGGAGAUGCCUCUAACGGAGUGUCGCUGGGCGAACAAGAUUAAAUUCUCUGUUGAACCUCUUUCUGCCAUGGAAAACUACAAAGGCGACUGCUUCGUCUUCGUCUCUAAGGGGGCCCUCAGCCCCCAGGCUGCUGCCUUUGAUGAGCAGCGGGGGGCCCUCUUGGCUGGGGCCCUUGAGGAAGCAGACUUCAAGGGAGAUGCGGGGUCUGUUGUGUCCGUGCGGGUGCCUGGGGGAGCCCCCCGCUACUUGAUGGCUGUUGGCUGCGGAGAGCACAAGACCUUCGAUGCCCAAGUGGUUGGUGCUGCUGUUGCUGCUGCACUUCGCGAAAAGUCGAAGAUCAAAUCUGCUGCUCUGUUCAUUCCCGACUUGGCCCAAGGCUGCCCCUGCCCUGAGGCCCCCAAAAUGUUCCUCAGAAAAUUGCAGUCUGUGUUAGAGACCAUUCUCGUCGAAAUGAACCCGGACAACAGGUUCAAGGGGACUGGCACGAAGAACUUGAAGACGAGUGAAGUGGAACAGCUGACGAUAUUCGCAGCUAACAAGGAAGGAACUGAAGCUGUGCUGCAGGCCGCCCGCCAUGUGGCCGCCGGAGUCCACUUUGCCCGCGAGCUGGUCAACUCCCCGGCGAACUACUGCACCACAGUGACAUUAGCGAAAGCAGCAGAGUCUUUGGCAGCAGAGUUUGGCCUGGAGUGCAAGAUUUUGGGUCAGGCGGAGGUGGAGGCGCUGGGGAUGGGCUGCUACUUGGGAGUCUGCAAGGGUUCGAUGUACCCUCCGCAGUUCAUUCACCUGACGUACCGCCCGAAGGGGGCCCCCGAGGGGGCCCCGGGGGCCCCCCUGCGGAAGCUGGCCUUCGUGGGGAAGGGCCUGUGCUUCGACAGCGGAGGGUACAACAUAAAGCGUGCGGAAACUUCAAUUGAGCUGAUGAAGUUCGACAUGGGGGGCGCAGCAGCAGUGCUGGGCGCGGCGCGGGCGCUGGGGCUGCUGCAGCCUGCAGGCGUGGAAGUCCACUUCGUUGCUGCUGCAGCAGAAAACAUGGUUUCCAGCCAGGCCUACCGGCCGGGAGACGUGCUGACGGCCAGCAACGGCAAAACUGUCGAAGUGGGAAACACCGACGCUGAGGGCCGCCUCACUCUCGCAGACGCUCUCGUCUUCGCCGAAAAACUCCAAGUCGACGCCAUCCUCGACGUCGCCACCCUCACUGGCGCAUGCGUCGUGGCCCUUGGCGAAAGCUACGCCGGGCUCUUCAGCCCCGACGACCAACUCGCAGAAAAGAUACUCAAGUGUGCAGACCGGUCCUGCGAAAAGAUGUGGCGCAUGCCAUUUGUCUCUCGUUACAGAGAGAACUUGGAGUCCAAAUGUGCAGACUUGAACAACACAGCGACCAAGGGGAAGGGAGGAGGCGCCAUCACUGCGGCUGUGUUCCUCAAGGAAUUCGUCGAGAAGACGCCGUGGGCCCACAUAGACAUCGCAGGCCCGGCGUGGUGCUCUAAGUCGGGAUCUGCCACGGGCUACGGAGUUCGUACUUUGGUGGAGUUCGCUUUGACUGCAGCACAAUAA